CAAAAGUGGCCAGCAGUUUUACUUAAAGCAUGUCUGAUGGCUCCUACAAAAAAAGCCAUGUUGCCAUGUUGAAAAUGUCAUUUUCAGUGGGCGACAAUGGAUUUCAGCUUUCACAUAAAAGAAAAUCAAGUUUGAGUUUGAGUAAAAAACACAAACCCUUACAUAAAGACGUGCAAGGGUCCCUCUCUCUGUGUGUGUCCGCAUGCUGAGCUGUCCUGUGAUUCACCUUGUGCCUUUGAAAUUAUUCACAAGGCAGUUACGCUCAGCUAUGCAUCCAUUAAGCGCCAUCUGCAGCAAGCCGGGCUGGGAGCGAAGGGAAGGCAGAGAGGUGCACGACAGCUGAUGGAGAGAUGGGGGAAGAGAGAGCGGGGGGAUACGGAUGACCUGCUGAAACGGGCCCCCCGUUCGCCGCCCUCCGCCGCUGCGUUGCCCCAGCAACAGACGGGUCAAGUAAUUGGGGUCUGCUGUGUUCCCUGCUGCAACAAGAGGUCGUGUUGGAAGUCCAGUUCAUAAUCAUGACAAGCUGCCGAGCAGGGACUCCCCAAUAUAGGGUUACCACUACAAGUGUAUGCAGAGAUGCAAAGUGAUGCGCAAUAAGCCCUGCGGUAUCCCAACACCGGAUGAAUGUCCAGGUGUCCUGCAGCUGUCCGUCCCUCACCUGUAAGCCUCGGGAGCCAAUCACACGUCAGCCCUGAUGUCCCAGAAAAUCCACAACCAGCUUCUUUGAAGUGAAAUCUAAUUAUUACCGCUGCACUUCUCUGUGAACAUUUUAUGUGUGUCUGUUCUAUCUCUGGGCGUGUCUGCUUGCGUGUGUGUGUGUGUGUGUGUGUGUGUGUGUGUGUGUGUGUGUGUGUGUGUGUGUGUGUGUGUGAGCUUGCACCUAUCAAAUCUCCCUCUGGUGAACAUGACAGAAGUGAAGGGGGAGGAAGAAGAAGCCGCUUUCAUCUCCUUACCUCCAUUUGCUGCCUAAAACCUCAGCCGUGACACAUGAUGAAUCUUAGCGCGCGGGGCGUUCUGCGUUCAUCAGGAGCGUUUAAAGCAGAAAGUUUUUUUUUUUUUGAAAGGGCUGGAAGUGGUGGGCUCUCGGCAGGUUUUGUCGAAAUCUCUGCAGCGCCAUUUUGCACUCUGACUAUUUUAGUUGUAGCAUCUGUUUGAAAUUGUUAUGGAAAGCCCCGCCAGCGUUCCCGCGCCCGCAUUUUGUCAUGCAGCAGGAAGAAACUUAAAUGUAUUUUGUCAGGAUUUUAGGUGGUAGACAAAUGUAAGGGAGCACAGAGUUGUGGAAGUGGAAGAAAAAUGAUUCAUCUGAAAAGUCGGCGGUGCGUUCAAACAUUUUAACAACGGAUCAAUAACCGAACAAUUGGCCAAUUGCAGCAUCGCCUUUAUAAGUUGUUAUUUAUUUAUUUAUUUUUGUCUUGCCACUCACACGAUCAAAGUGUUGAAUCCGUACCUCGGAAAUGUUCUCUUUUUUUCAAUACAGACAAAGAUUUGAGCAUUUCCGUUUAUGGACACGCUGCUAGUAUCCGUCUUCAAAGCUCCUUCCCGGACCCGUCCAGAGGCAAAAGUUCCCUUUAACGCAUGCUUCCCGGUGACUGAUUAUCAGGUGCUACUGGCCUGUUUACCUCGCUGUGCGUUUUGUUCUCAUUUCUCAUAAAGCCAUCGUCAGCCAGCACCUGCGUCUCAUCGACGAAGACAGAUAGAGAUCUGGAAAAGCUCAGCAGCAGGAUAUGAAAUAUGCUAAUGAACCGGUGUAAUAAAAAGCCAUCAUUACACAUGCAGGAGGAAAGAAAAUGGAAAACUUUUUAAGAGGGAGGGCCGGGAGUUGAGGCUUGUGCAUUUCCGACCUUGAUGUGAAACAAGCAUCCUUGCUGAAGGGCAGCAUUUUGGGUGGAAGAAACUGAGCUCCCAUCAAGAUAGUCUAAGCCGUGUUUAGACAUCAGUCAUUAUGAAAACAGAGCCGCUGCUUUAUGGUUACUCCCACAGUGCCUGGGUGGUUUUAAUAACACGUUUCGCAUUUCCACAAAAAAGGCAGCCUCCCAAAAAAGAAAAAAAGCCUCAAUAUGCAUCGCACUACAGGGAAAUAUGCAAAUACAAAACAUUCCUAUUUAUUAAUCUGUGCCUGCAGCGACAAAUACAACGUAUUUCAUCUCAAUAGGUAUUUAUUUCUUUUUUCCUUCUGAACAGUUGUUAUUUGAAAAUGCCAGAAACACUAGAUGCUGCAAAUUGCGUUGUGUUCAGAUUGCAAAGUGUGCAGAGUGAUGAGGCGGGUAGGAUUGAUAGAUGGAAUUUAAACAAGUGGUUUCUUGGCACUAUAGUCCCUGAACAUCAACCCAAACGUUGAUGUUUGGGAUUUUGGAGAAUAGAAUCGGCCUCCACUGAUUUAUGUUGGGGAUCAUUGUUCUACUGGAAAACCCAUUUGUGUCCAAAUUUCAACUACCUGUAUCCAAACUGUGACUUUAUGAUGAGAGGAAAUUGGCUUCAGUGAUCAGGAACAACACAAGAGCAACCAAAGCCUGUUGAAACACAAGCGUAACUGUCCACAGUGAGUUGUACAUUGACUUUUAUUCAAAUAAAAACAAAGUAAAAGCCUCUUUCUUAAGAUUGAUAACUUUCACAAUUGUGGACAUUGCUUAAAAGACGAGUAUUUGACUAGAAGCCAACCAGUGUAAAUGUAAUGUGCCAAUUCUGCCUGGAAAACUGCGUGAGAAUUGUGCCAGAGUUGCUACAAAAGAGAAGACGAGUUGCAACUUGCUAAGAGAUAUUUAAUGACAUUUUUUCACAGGACUGUGAUCAAGGUUUUGUGACUUUGUUGUCUUUUAGCCUCUUUUUAGCUGAUUUGUUGCUGUAUUUGGGGUCGUCGUCCAUUUAGAACACCCAGUUUUAGCUUCCUGGCAGAGGAAUUGAUUUGAAUGAUUUCAGUCGUUAUCACUUUUUAGACCAUAGAGUCUUCACACGAAAGAAAACUCCUGCCAAGAAGACCCAAAAGAACAUUCAGGGUGCAGUGACGAAGGUUUCAGGACUAACAAGCACCUUUACCUUCUACAACAUUUUAUAGGAGCUGAGGUUUGUUCUUGGACUGUUUUGUUGUACGCUGUACAACAGCCCGCAUUUUUUAAAAUUGUUUGGAACUUAUUUUUUAAAACAAAUUUGUACUCCUAUAUACAGUAUCUGUACUUUGUAAUAAAAACAGCACUUAAAACAUAUAGCACAUAAAACGGUUAAACUUACCACUCGGCCCAUUAAAUCAAGAGAAUGUGAUUAGAGCAUUACGGUGGGAUCCAUAGAGCUGUCUGAGACAUUCAAUAAGAAGAUUGUAUCAGCUCAUGGUUCUGCUUUGACUGAGCCAAACGCUUAGAUCUUGAUCUCAUUGAGAUUCUUUGCCGUGAGUGGAAACAUGUUUGGGAGCUAUGAUUGUCCCAACUUUUUUCUUCUGAUCCACUUUUAGUGCAAGUCAGUCCACGCGACUCAAGUGCGAAUCGUCUCCGUCGGGCUCUUCCGACACCGAGCCGGAAUCGCGUUCCACGUUUCUCGGGCCCAGACGCCUUUUCUGCUGAAACGUGUUGCUCCUUGGCGCAGAGAACAAUUUGAUUUGGAAAGCAGUCCGCAGCAGUCGUGGUUACGGAGGGAGAGAUUUACAAGUGAUUUACAAGAUUAAUAACAAACAGUGCGGUGAUAAAAACAUCAGGAGUUGAGGUAAGGCCAUCCCAAAGGCUGGAGACCUGGAGGCACGAUGGCAGCUGCCUGCAAAGCCGCUUGCUGCGUUUCCUUCCUCAUAUGGAUCCUGGCUGAUUUUACAGCUGAAUCCCUGGAGAACGUGGCACCACGGGGUAUCGCAUCUCAGUCAUCCACCAUCCACCUUGGCGCUGCCUCAAGGGCAAUUGACGGAAACAGAGACCCAGAGUACAGUCACAACUCCUGCACUCAUACAGUGGCGGAACCGAACCCGUGGUGGAGUCUGUUGUUGCCAGUUGUGUACCGGGUCUCAACCGUUAGCAUCACCAACAGGAACGCAAACAGCGAGAGGAUAAACAACGCUGAGAUCCUCAUCGGGAAUUCCUUAGAGAACAACGGCAAGAACAAUCCCAGAUGCGCUGUCAUUUCCUCCAUCCCCAGCGGGGGCACCAAAACCUUUAACUGCACAGGAAUGACGGGUCGGAUGUUGACCGUGAAGAUCAGCACCUCAUAUGGCAUUCUGACAAUGUGUGAGCUAGAAAUGUAUGGAGAACUCGCUGCUCCCUCACCAUCCGUCAGCGCAGUGGUGAUGGGACGGAGAGUAGCUGUUGUCCAGAAGAAGCUGUGCUGGUCAGACGCCUUGUUGUACUGCAGGGAACACUACUGGGACCUGCUCAGCGUUCGCAGUGAGCAGGAGCAGAGAGGUUUGGAGGAGGUGUUGAGAAACACAACCUUCAUGACAAACGACCCUUCCGUUUCUUCCGGACAUGUGUGGCUGGGACUGCGCAGGCGUCUGAUGGGGAGCUCGUGGUUUUGGAUGUCUGGUGCUUCUGUGAGCUACACUUACUGGAAAGAACAACACAUCUGGCAGGUCACAAGUCCUUGCGGUGGCGUGGACGCCGACGACUCGUACUACUGGAGAAAUUUUCCGUGUGGAGAUCACCUCUAUUUCGUCUGCUUGAAAGAGUUUGAGAAAAAUGGGAACCGUGUGGAAUUCUACAGUUUCACCAGACAGUAAAGGUCCCUGGGAAGACAAACUCUGGUUUCACUCACUUCACUCGGUCUCAGCUCUCUGUAGCAUGCAAACUUUUCAGGACUGCAGACUUAGAAGUUUUGAAAUUAUACCACGAAACACAUUUCUCCUGCACGGUAAAUUGGAAUGCUUUGCUCUUUUUGGGUGCUAGAAGUGGCAAGGAUGUCCAAAAGUGUGUAAACUUCAAACAGAGUGCGAGAUACGAAACUAUCAUUUCUACAAUCUACAUAUUUUUUUGUGUCAAAAUAUUGUUAUUAGUAGCUUAAAUUGUGAAAGUCCUCAAUCCCUUUUUCCUGGCAGAUCUAUAAGCAUAAAUUCAAAAUGAUUGAAUUGAUGCUCGAUACAGAUGUUUUUAUUCACUUUUUGAAAAUACACUGACUUACUUUCUCUUUUUUCUGACAUUAAAUCAGACUAACCUUUUCCUGUUUUAAGUCUGUUGAACUGACCAAAAUGAUUCAUCUUCUUGUACUACAAGUGGGGUCUUGUCCGGGGUUUCAUUCACUUGAUCUCCACCCUGAAAAAGUCACCAGUCCAUCACAGUCAAUGUUUUUAUUCCUAUCUGUAAGAUAUUCUAUUUUUAUGAUUUCAUUUAUCCAGUCAUUUCAACUCCUUGUACUAAGCAAUGUGUAAUGAUAGCAUUAGAAAUCGAGCUAUGAGUUAAUGAUGUUGAAAAUGAGAUCAGAAAGUUUUGGGAAUUGCAAAGUGAUGUGCAUACAAAGCUAAUGAAGUAAGGCAAGCUAAUAUUCAAGCUGUAAAACUUUCAAAUUUGAUCAGUUUAAUGAGAGAGAGAAAAAACUACCAGUAAUAAAAAAGAACAGACCAAAGAAAAUAUCUACUUGGUAAAAAGAGCAAAUUAUAAAAGGAUAGACAUUUAUUUGAAUGUAUAUUUUAAAGAGAAACCUUGAGAAGUACUGUGACAUUGAUUUAAUUUCUAUUUUUUUUUACUGCAAAGAAGUCUACAGAACUCAUUUGAAAUAUCUUUGUGUAAUAAAAACAACUUUGAAUUCAAGAAAUUCUUCAGAAUACACAAAGAAGUGGGAUUAACGUACAAUCGUGUCUUUCUAAAAUAUGAGAUAAUGUAGGUUUUCGAUGGCUGAAUCUCUUUUAUAACUUGGGUCUAGAACUAGAGAAUGUUGAAAGUGAAUAGUUUCACUUUUUUUUAAAAAGAAAGCCUCACUUUUCAUUCAAGGCUAAAAAACACAUCAGUCCAGGCUUCUUAUUUUGUGAGCCAGGCUUCCUGACUGCCUCAUUUUCUAAUAAUGUAUGAAUCCUUGCAGAAGCUAAAUGAGGUCCAACAUAAACCUCAACACCUUCACUCAGUCACGUUUCUACUGUCGACUCCUGUAGGUGCUUCAGGUUUCACGUCUGCUAAAAGUUUGGGAUGUUUUUUAUGAUCCUGUGAAGAAAUUUGUACACAUUAUUAUUCAUUAGUCCUCAGAGAAUAUGUUAUCGACAACAGUCCUACAUGAAGACCUUGGGUCUCCAAGGAACCAGUCGAGGUCAGGUGCAAUUUGGAGGUGUGGAUUCUUCUUCCUUUUCAGCCACGAUCCCGACAUCAGCAACCUGUACUUGUGUGCAAACACCCACAGAAUUUGCCAGAAAGUGUGGUGUGGUGUCCUGUGUCAGAGGGUUUCACGUAAUCUGUUGUUUUUGA